ACUCGAGCAUGUUUUUAUGUUUGUUUAAGCACGCAAAGUGUAAACACGUGACAUCCCAGGAGCACGUGAUGCUCCAGAACCCUCCAUGUUGCACACGCAGAUGUACGCCCCCCUCUGCACACACUCACUGGCAGUUUCACUGGCGUUUCCGGUUUUCCAGCCACGCUUGUGUUUGCAGCGCUCCAUAAACACACGGCCGAGCAGACACGCCUCCCCUCACACAGUCUUGUCAGUCCAGCUCUCUCCGGCUUCAGCAGGAACCCUCCUACUGCAUGUCCACUUCUUCUCUCCACGGCGUCACUGACAAAAUGGCCCCUGCCCCCAUGCGCCUCUCCGACUUCAACAACUUGGCGUCACAUGCAUCGUCACGCCUCUUUCAAUCACGCGAUUGGCAGUAAUUGUCCCAAGGCAGCGCCUACGACGUUAUCCGAUUGGAUAGACAGCGAUGGCCCCGCCCUCUCCUCCCUGGCAGCUCGGCGGCGGAGUCUGGGCAUCGCAGGAGCCCAAAAUGGCGGAGCUGUGGACCAGUGUCCGUGCUGCGCCAAGCGAUAAACACGAAUCGCUUCCGAAGCCCAGAGAAGCGAUUGUAGUAAAGAGCGGCGCCGAGGACAAGGCCCAGGCGGUACCGUCCUCUUCUUCCAGUACGAGCAGCCGCGAUCCGCAUCCCGCCAAGAAGAUCCGAACGGAGGAAAAGGGUUUCAAGCCGAAACGUGUGAAUGGCGAAGGCGGAGGGGGCGGGAGCGGGAGCAAUCAUUCAGCACCGCUCCCGGCCGCCCGCCUCUUAUCCAAUGACAAGCCGAGGAAGAGCGCCAAAAAGAGGGACAAGGAGAAGAAGAAGAGACGGAAGGAGGGUGCAGAGGAGAACGGCGACCUGAAGCUUGCCACUCCGGGGAUCCCUCGGCUGACUCCUACUGUCAGGGGUGAAAUAAAAGAAAAAGUCAAGAUUAGAGAUAAAGAGAAGCAGAAAAAGAAACAUAAACUAAUGAAUGAAGCCAAGAAGGAAAAUGGAGAGGUGAAAAUACUACAGAAAGGUGAAAUAAAAGAAAAAGUCAAGAUUAGAGAUAAAGAGAAGCAGAAAAAGAAACAUAAACUAAUGAAUGAAGCCAAGAAGGAAAAUGGAGAGGUGAAAAUACUACAGAAAGAUCCAAAUGAAAAGCCAAAACCAAACGCAGAAGAACUGCAGAUUAAAAAAGUUAAGAAGAAAAAGAAGAAGAAACACAAGGAGGGUGAGAAGCGGAAACAGCCUAAAAUGUACAGCAAAUCAAUCCAAACAGUCUGCUCAGGCCUGGUCUAUGACAUGAAGAGAUCUGAAAACCCAGAAGCCAAAGUAGAAGUGGAUGACCGUUUGAAGGAUUUGGUUGUAAAGGUAGAGGACAAGAAGGUUGCUCCAGAGAAUGAAUCUCCUUUUGUGUCAUUGAAGGAGCCUCGUGAUCAGCACAAGCCCAAGCGGUUGGACUCUUUGGAAUUCAAGCACCUCAUUCACAUAGAACAUCAGCCCAAUGGUGGAGCAUCUUUAAUACAUGCUUACAGCAGUGAACUCUCUCACCUGUCUCCCAUGGAGAUGGAAAGGUUUGCUGAGGAAUUUGUUAAUUUAACCUUUAGUGAAAAUGAAAACAGUGCAGCUUAUUAUGUCAUGGGGAUUGUGCAUGGGGCAGCCACAUAUUUAACUGACUUUUUGGAUUAUUUUUCCUUUAACUUUCCCAACUCCCCAGUCAAAAUGGAAAUCUUGGGGAAGAAAGACAUCGAGACCACAACUAUUUCCAACUUCCAUGCUCAGGUAAAGAGGACGUAUUCUCAUGGUACAUACAGAGCAGGUGCAAUGAGGCAGAUCAGUCUGGUGGGAGCAGUUGAUGAGGAAGUAGGGGACUACUUCCCUGAAUUCCUUGACAUGUUAGAGGAGUCUCCUUUUCUGAAGCGCACUUUGCCGUGGGGAACGUAUUCAAGUCUUCAGCUAAAAAGCCGCAAAGAAAGCGAUGAUGGUCCUAUAAUGUGGGUGCGCCCAGGAGAACAGAUGAUCCCUGUGGCUGACAUGCCAAAGUCUCCAUUCAAAAGAAAAAGAACUACCAAUGAAAUAAAAAACCUGCAGUACCUACCUCGGGCUAGUGAGCCUCGGGAAAUGCUGUUUGAAGAUAGGACAAGGGCACAUGCUGACCACAUAGGACAGGGCUUUGAGCGUCAGACCACCGCAGCUGUAGGUGUACUAAAAGCAGUGCACUGUGGAGAGUGGAAUGAGCAGCCUCGGAUAACCAAAGAUGUAAUAUGUUUUCAUGCUGAAGAUUUCUUAGAGGUGGUACAAAGAUUGCAGCUAGACCUGCAUGAACCCCCCUUAUCACAGUGUGUUCAAUGGGUAGAUGAUGCAAAGCUCAACCAGCUACGGAGAGAAGGAAUUCGUUAUGCUAGGAUUCAGUUAUAUGAUGAUGACAUCUAUUUUAUUCCAAGAAAUGUCGUGCAUCAAUUCAAGACCGUCUCAGCGGUGUGCAGUCUGGCCUGGCAUAUCCGGCUGAAAAUGUACCAUGCAGGAGUGGCACAGAACAGUAAAUUGGAAGAAACUAUUUCAGAAACAGAGGUGAAACCUAACAUUAGGAAAGAAGAGCAUACAUUAUGUGCUGUAAGCGCACACACCUCUCAUGUGCAUUUUUCAGACAUCAGGCAGUUGAAGGACCUUGAGCAAAAACCUCAGCAAGUAAAACACGAACCCGUGUCUCCCCACCAGACUGGCGAUACGUUUGGCAAUAUCAAUCUUCCAACUAUUUCCAUGACUUCUGCAGAAUGUCAGACUUGUUUAAUAAAACCUGAACAUGCCAAGGAAUCGCAAGGCAAGAUUGAGAGUGGGACUUUGGGAAUCAUUAAGCAAGACUCAAGAGACAGCAAAGAGGACACUCCACAACCUGUAACAACAAACCCAGUUGUGCGGACAGAAGAGGAACAUCUGUGCUAAACUAUGUACAUAUAAUUUGUUUUUUUUAUUCUACAUAACGUAAUAAUAAUGUAAAGCUUUGUAAAUCAUGGGGCAGGCUUCCACUUGCCCUGUAGUCUGUUACUGAAUCUAGUUAUGUAGCGAUGUAACAUUCCUCAGUGCCUGUCCGUAACUGUGAAAUAUCAAAGCACUUAGGGCCAGAUGCACUGUAAACACUGCAGGUUUAACAUAAAGUCUCUCUAAAGUUUUCAGUUUUGGUUCUAGGAUAGAGCUGACAUUAACAUAUAUAUUUUUUGUAAGAUGAGCCAGAAUUCUUUUUGACAAUUCCAGGCUUUUCCAUAGAGCUUAUUUAUAUCGAUUUUUCAUUUUAAAGGUGUCAGCACUGUAGUGUAAAUAGCUUUUUUUAAAUCUUUUUAGUGUGAUUUAUACUGAAAUGUGAACCACCUAAUAAAGGUUCAUAAC